AGCAUCAGAGCUGCUGAGAGGAGCUGUGAGCGCCACAGUCACCAGGAGCGCACGCUGUUUUAUUAUCAUGGCUCAGUUUAAAUACUGGAGACGCGUGUGUUGCCUCCUCUGAAACACAGCCAGUAGUUCCAGUCUGAUAUUUUUGGGGAACAAACUGAACCAGCUGCCACCAAACAGUUUGUCGACUGUCGGACAGUAAUUUGGGAUUAAAAUGGUCAUCAAGGUUUACAUCGCCUCCUCGAGCGGCUCCGUCGCGGUAAAAAAGCACCAGCAGGCAGUGGUGGGUUUCCUGGAGGCCAACCGAAUCAGCUUCCAGGAAGUAGACAUCACCAUGCUGGAGGAGCAGAGGCUCUGGAUGUACCGCAACAUCCCCAGAGACAAGCAGCCGGAGAAAGGCAACCCACUGCCUCCGCAGAUCUUCAACGAGGAUCGCUACUGUGGGGACUAUGAAGACUUCUUCCAGUCAAAGGAGGACAACACUGUGUUUGCAUUCCUUGGGCUCAGCUCCCAACCCUCAGUGAAAGAUUCUGAGUCAUAGCCUGGAUCAAACUGCUGGUAUGUAACGUCCAGGGAACCUCAAGAUACGAGGACAAAAACUGCAUUAUUUCCCAUGUUCUUCCUCCUACGACGACGACAGCACGUUGCCAAACAUCAGACCCUACGGAUUUCACCCAGUAUGACCUCUCCUGACUCUUUAAACAACAUUCCACCAUCACUUAAAGAAGUGUCUGAUUCUCAAAAGAGACUUGAUCUCAGAAGGAGGGGACUGACUUUAUGAUGGAUACAAUUGUGUUUCCUUUUCUUGUUUAGCACACACUGUGGUCGGCGGCAAACACUGUCAGUAGCAUAGAUUCUGUGCACACUAGAUGUAGCAGCUUAAGCAUCAGUAGACGAGUAAGUUUAGGUCAAUCUGAAAUGCAGUGGAUGGGGAAAGAACUGGUUGGGUGCAGCAGUGCAGCACAAGUCACCUGAAUACACACCCGCGUUGCGUGUGUAUGCCUUAGUGUGUGUGCAUGUGUGUGUCUCAGUCAGCAGCUGUUAAUGAAGGCUGCGUUAAGUGAUGGGACCUGAGAGGCGGCACUUAAUGCAACCUGAAACAACCCGAGGUCUAGCCAUUAUGUCUGGCUGUGUGUGUGUGUGUGUGUGUGUGUGUGUGUGUGUGUGUGUGUGUGUGUGUGUGUGUGUGUGUGUGCGCGCUUCA